AUGCCUCCCAAGAUCAAGUGGGACGCAGCUGCGGACCAGCUGCUGCUGGCAAAGAUCCUUGAGACUCACGAGCUGACAGUUGACUGUGCUCACGUCGCUGAAGCCUGGCCCGGUGAACCCGAGUCUAAGCCAACCGCCCGCGCCAUCAGGGAGCGAAUUUCUAGAAUUCGCGACCUUGCUAGGAAUACCACUACUGGCCUUGCUGGAUCUCAGAGCCCUAGUUUGGUUCGCAAGCCUGCUACUCCCCGAAAGCCCACCAGUGCCGGCAAGAGAACCAAGGCCAGUGGCGAUGGCAGCCCCUCCCGCAAGCGCAAGCGCAUUGUGAAGGAGGAAGAGUCUGUCACCGAGGACAUCGCGGAGUAUGUUGACGAGGAAAAGGAUUUGACCGCCUCUUCCGUUGCUGGAGAGUUGAGCUUCGGGGCCGAGGAUCUGUGA